AUGAUUGUCAGGAGUUCGCUAUUACGGGAAAGCCGACUGGCAUUUCAAUCGGUUUCGAAUACUUCGAGGAUAGUGUGGGGCAGGAGCCUGGCCACUCUGGGACAGAACGAUCAAUCUCAUGGAGCCCAGGCAGUUCAGAAGGGCCCAGAGCAGGCUUUUACUACUGCCGAAGCAUAUAUCAAUUCUAGGAAUUUCAAAAACACUACCGGAAGAUUGGGAACUAAAGUGUCUCCUCAUUACCAACCCCAUGUGCUUGUCAACCACCCGCCCAGUCCCAAAGAUAUAACCCUCGAGCUCCUUCUCGCAUCUGGUGCUCAUCUCGGCCAUCUCACCUCUCUUUGGAACCCCGGUAACGCACGCUACAUCUACGGUGUUCGUGAUGGAAUUCACAUUAUCUCGCUUGAGGUUAUCGCUGCACACCUUCGUCGUGCGGCCAAGGUUGUCGAGGGUGUAGCCCGUAAAGGUGGUGUUAUUCUCUUUCUUGGUACCCGUGAAGGUCAAGCCCGCUGUGUCGUCCAGGCUGCAAAAUUGGCCGGCGGAUACCAUGUUUUCGACUGGUGGGUUCCAGGAACAAUCACGAAUUCCCAGAAAAUUCUCGAAUGGGGAACCGUCGUAGAGAAGGACAUGAGAGAUCGUGUAGUGUCAGAGAAGCCAAUUGAGGGAGCAAACCCUAUUACUCCAGAUCUGGUUGUUUGCUUUUCGCCCCUAGAAAAUAAGGUAGCCUUACAUGAGUGUGCGCUGGCUGGAGUGCCCACCAUUGCGAUCAUUGACACCGAUGUUGAUCCUACGAGGGUUACUUACCCUAUUCCGUGUAAUGAUGACAGCUUGAGAGCUGUACAACUCGUUGCUGGAAUUCUCGGUAGAGCAGGAGAAACCGGACGAAACGCAAGGAUCAGGGAUGCGGAAAUGCAGACUUCAAAUUAA